GAACACCAGACAGCUGCAGGUGCAGACCACGGGCAACGACGACUUCAUACGACGCAAUCAAGCUUGCCGUUGGCAAACAACAACACCUGCAGCCCUCGCCAGCCAAUCGAAAUCACGACAGGGGUCGGCGGCGGUGACGACGACGACGACAACGACGACGACGGCAACAAUAACAGUCACAAAAAAAAGAAAACCAAUAGCAUUGAAGCACAGACGGCGACUGCCAGUCCCUUGUGGCGCAACGUGCAUCCCCAGACAACACGAGAACGUCAGUAGGCACCGCCGAAUCUCCGUCCGGCAGCAAAGAUGGCAGGCCCGCCGAACAAGAAGCAGAAGCGCGAGGCCUAUCGCCAAGCGCAGAGAGAGAGCGGCACUACUGCCAUGCCCCAGAAGAAAUUCUACCGACAACGGGCCCAUGCCAACCCGUUCUCGGAUCAUCAGCUGGAAUAUCCUGUCUCUCCCCGGCACAUGGAUUGGUCGCCACACUUCCCGGCCUACGUUGCCAAACACGAUACAGCUAGCAGUACAGAACCCCGGAGCGACGAUUCAGUGGGUUUAUUGGCCCAACCCCAGCACCCAACCUUGACAAGAGAUGUCGAUAUCGUGGACAUAGGUUGUGGCUUUGGAGGGCUCAUCGUAGCGCUCUCACCCGCACUGCCGGGCAACCUUAUGAUUGGCAUGGAGAUCAGAACUCAAGUCACGGAGUUUGUCCAGGACCGGAUACGAGCGUUGCGCGCACAGGACGCCGAGGGACAACAAUAUCAGAACAUUGGCUGUCUCCGUGCCAAUACUAUGAAGUUCUUUCCCAACUUCUUCAAGAAGGCGCAACUCUCCAAGAUCUUCAUUUGCUUUCCGGAUCCGCAUUUCAAGCACAGAAAACACAAAGCCCGUAUUGUCUCGUCGACUCUUAAUUCGGAGUAUGCAUACGCUCUGAAGCCUGGUGGCAUCGUGUAUACAAUCACAGAUGUCGAGGAUCUUCAUGACUGGAUGGUGCAGCACUUCGUUGCACACCCAUCGUUCGAGAGGGUAUCCGAAGAGGAGCAGGAAGCUGACCAGUGUGUUGGCAUAAUGAGAAUAGCAACGGAGGAAGGCAAAAAGGUCGAGCGCAAUAAGGGACAGAAGUUUGUAGCUCUCUUCCGCUGCGAUAUCUGCAAUCACUCAUGCAUGACUUGGCGUCGAACGCCUGUCUUCUCGCGUGAUCUAUGCCUUGAGUCUGGUUUCCGGACCAUGGCCCUCAAGGGAAGAGACUUUGUCGUUGCCGGCAUUGUCUGCUUCAUCGCUUGGGGCUAUGCGGUCAAUUGGUUCCCCUCCAUCCGAUGGACGGGCUACGCUUUCGUUGGAGGGAUCACAACAGCGCUUUUGGGCUCGCUACUGCUCAUCCUCCUGACCUCCCGCGGCUCUGCGUACGCGCGACGCAAUCGCUCGGCCAGACCCGACGCCGUAGCUUUCGUGGCACCAAGGUCCUGGGUGUUGGAGACCACCGCUCUCCAAGCCCGACAGGCUUACGUCCGACAGCCCCUCUUCCCAGACCUGCCCGGCCUGUCGCAUGCGGUCGAUAACCUCCUUGGCCUCAUACUUCGCGACUUUGUCAACUCUUGGUACUCGCGGAUCAGCAGCAAUCCAGUCUUUACCCACGAGGUCGAUCGCAACAUCCGCCUGGCACUAUCGUCACUCUGCGACCGCCUCGCCGAUGCCGAUCUCGUUGAGGCGGUCAUUAGUCGCAUUGUUCCAAUCUUGACCAACCAUUUCAAAGAUUUCUUCGAUGCGGAGAGGGCAGUACGGGGCAGGAAGCUCAAUCGAGAUGUUACCGAGUCGGAAGAGCUCGAUCUGGCCAUUGCUUCCAAGUUUCGAGAUGGCAAGCUCCACGCGGCCGCAUCGCUCUCAUACGCUGAUACGAAGCUCGCCCGCCAGGAGCAUCUGCGGCAAAUUAUUAGUAGAAUUCUCCCUCAGCUUCUGCCAGCAAACAUGAUCAACAGUCGCGCCGUGCUAAGUAUCGUCCGCGAAAUAGUGUCUUGCGCCGUCCUAUUCCCGGUGAUGCAACUCCUCUCCGACCCCGAUACGUGGAACCAGGUCAUGGAGAAUUAUGGCCGUUCGAUGCUUCAAGAUAGGUCAACUGUGCGCAAGCUCCGCGCCGCCCUGGAUGCGCACGCAUCACCCGCCCCGAAACCAUCCAAGAUGGCGGCGUUUCCACGCAUAGCCCCUGGAGACGGCGAGCGCACGUUUGAGCGUUUUAUGCGUACCAUACGGAAGCUGAACAACUUGUCCGAUGCACGGCGCUUUCGAAGCGAGGUGGCGAGCCAGUUGAAAAGGGAUUCGCAGAUCGAGGGUCAAGAUCAAGCAUAUCUGCGGCGUCUAGAGAUGGGCAAGAAACUCCUAGACCAGAAAGUCCAUCACUUAGCAGCGGGAGGCGAUCGCCAUGGCGCAACAUCAACACAACCCGUAGCCUCUACCACAGAGUCUUCCAAACUCGAGCGCGUCUCACUGGCCGAGCUUCUGAGGGAUACUUCGGGGCUCUCGUAUUUCAUGGAGUUUAUGGACCGGCAGGGCUUGAUGACUCUCGUUCAAUUCUGGCUUGUUGUUGAUGGCUUCCGCAAUCCGCUCGAGGACGACGGACCAGAUGGCGCAGAGCUUCCAUCGACAAUAGUACCCUGGACCGAGUCUGACCGGACAGACAUUGCCCAGAUUGACCAGGCAUACCUUUCCAAGGCCGAGCUGGAGGUUCCCGCGUCAUCGAGACAGGUCAUACGAGAUUUCUUGUCAGCAGGAAAGUCCGCGACGAACGAGCAGUAUUACGCUGCGAGGUGGUCGGUCUUGAGAGCACAAAGUGCGGUGCUGGAGAAGAUGGAGUCGAAGUGCUUCCAGUCGUUCAAGAAAUCCGACCUCUUUUUCAAAGCCCUGGCGGCUGAAGAGGCAGCGAAAACGUCUGCGCAGCCACUUCCAACACCGUCUUCUCAAGCUGCGGCACCACCCAACCUCCAUCGGUCAUCACAUUCAUUCACAGCAAGACCCACAAACGCGAACGCUAAAGUGAAUCCCAGGCUGAAGGCAGUGCAACCCCAAUUCAAGCGCGUGCUGUCCGCGUCAGAGCUGGGAGGGCUGGGAAACAGUGCCAAGUCCAAUCUAGACCCCUUGAAUGGGGCGCGACGCUCGCUGGAAGCUGAUGCUCGGCCUCACGUGCGGCAAGUCAGCGAGGACUCGCCACAUUCGCCGUUGUUUGAUGACGAGGAACUCGAGCAUGACGUGCUGGGAGAAUCUGUGCAGAGCUUAGAUCAGGAUCUCACGAAAUUGACCCCAGAUAACCACGUCGUGCAAGCAAUGGAGCAGGCGCUGAAUAACAUCAUGGAGAAUGAGCGGCCGCAGACGGCGGAGGAGAUCCGCGAGUCCCUAUUUGGAGACGAUGAUGCACAGUCAAGCAUUUUCUCUGGCCACGAGCAUGACAACCAUUCCAUGGAGACCUCACGAAUCUUAUCUGAGGGCAGGGAAGGAGACCGACCCAGCAUCACGUCACUUGGGCUCGUCAGUCAGGCGUCUCGCAUUGGCGUUUUCGUGGACAAUGACUUGUUUGGCGACGAGGAGAGGUUCCUGUCUGACGAGCAGGAGGAGAUCAGCGAAGACCCAAAAGGCGAUGUUGAAGACGAAGUCCAUGCAGCCGCACCUGGUGAUCUCGGACUUGCGGAAGCGAUCACUGUUUUGACUAAUGACAUUGACAAGCUCGUAGCACAAGAAGCUGUCCUGGAGUCCUUAACCAAGAAAGCCGAGCUAACGAACAACACGGCGGAACUGCGUAUCUUGCGCAAGUCGAGGGCAAGUCUGCAGAGAGAACUGCGGCGCAAAGAGCUUCAGCGUCAGCAAUAUGUUAUCCAAGAGAGCGAUAACAGCUUGUACGGCAGAGCAUCAGCCCACAUCAAGUCCAUUCAGGUUGGCAAAGAUGAAGACGGCAAGGAAUUUGCGGUCUAUGUCGUCGAGGUGCAGAGGAAAGCAGGAGAACAGAUGCCCGCAGCAACAUGGAUUGUGACACGGCGGUACAGCGAAUUUCAUGACCUCCAUCAACGGCUUCGGCAUCGGUAUCCAUCGGUUCGGCACCUCGACUUUCCCCGGCGAAGGAUGGUCAUGAAGCUACAGAGUGACUUCUUGCGCAAACGCAGCCAAGCCCUGGAGCAAUACCUGAAAGAGCUUCUUAACCUCCCGGACGUCUGUCGCAGCAGAGAUCUGCGGUCGUUCCUGUCUCAGAGUGUGAUUACUCAAGGCGAAGAUAUCAUGAACCGUGAGGACAAGAAGGACAUGAUGACUCGCCUCUACGACUCUGUGGCCGACGGCAUGGAAGACAUUCUCGGCAACAUCCCAGUCCUGGACCAGCUAUCGGUUGCCGGGCAAAAUCUCAUCGCUGCGGCUACCAGCCAGAUCAAUGCGAUGCCUCUGGACGCAAACGACGGCGUGAUAACUGCUGCAGAGGCUGAGGCCGAGCUCAACGCCUUUGAAGACAAGGAGCUGGAACCAUUCAUCAAGCCUAUUUGCGACAUCUUUCUCGAGAUAUUCGGGCUGAACCGUGGCAACAACUGGCUUCGUGGGCGCGCAGUUGUUGUUGUCUUACACCAGCUACUUGGUGGAACUAUCGAGCGCAAAGUCCGCGACAUCUACAGACUACUGACCCGGGAAGACGCGAUUCUCCGCUAUCUGAAACUCUUGACAGAUUCCAUGUGGCCAGGAGGACAGAUCAAUAGAGACAAGCCACCGCGCACGGCAUCAGACAAGGCCAAGACGCGACGUGAAGCGAGUCUGAUGCUCGCCACCCUCGUACCUGAUCUGGCAGGGAGUGUGGUUGGAAGAUUGAAUGCCCAGGCGGCCAGUCGUCGCAUCUUUGCAACUCUCAACAAUCAAAGAUUGACAACUCAUCUCAUUUUCACGAUUGCGGAUGAGGUCGUCGACAUCCUCUUCCCAAAUACCUAAUGUGGGAAAGCGAGCACGGCAACGCAUGCAACGAAGUUGGCGUGCACGUCGCCUGCCUCAACUUGAUAUUGCCGAGUUUCUGUGGCAUGCAGCUUGCCUUGACAGUAGACCAUUUCCGGACGACUGGAUACACAUCCUAUAUUUGCAUGGUCCUGGCGUUUGAAUCAUUAUAUCCCACCUGCUUGUUUGCCUUGCCCAUCAUAUCUCUCACCAUAGCUCGGUUAAAUGAAGUUGAUCUGCACGAGCUCCCUAGUGUUAUCGUGAUGCGACACAAGCGAAAUGAUGCAGCCGCACUGACGAGGUCAAAGCAUGGGUGUCCAUGAGUAAGUAUCAAGUACUCAACCGUGUGC